CUGCUCGCCCUCCCGCCCUCCCUCCUGCCGCGGAUGCCGCUGCGCUCAGUGCGCGCAGGGAGCGAGGAGGCGACGGGGACGCCGCGGAGCCGCCGUGAAUAAAAGCUCUGCAAGUCUGCAAUAAAAAUGGCCUCCAAUAAAACUACAUUGCACAAGAUGGGAAAGAAACAGAAUGGCAAAGGUAAAAAAGUUGAAGAGGCAGAGCCUGAAGAAUUUGUUGUGGAAAAAGUCUUGGACAGACGUGUCGUAAAUGGGAAGGUUGAAUACUACUUGAAAUGGAAAGGAUUUACAGAUGCUGACAACACAUGGGAACCUGAAGAAAACUUAGAUUGUCCAGAGUUAAUUGAAGCUUUUCUAAACUCUCAGAAAGCUGGUAAAGAAAAAACCGACGGUGCCAAAAGAAAAUCUUUAUCAGAUAGUGAGUCUGAUGACAGUAAAUCAAAGAAAAAAAGGGAUUCCGUUGAUAAACCAAGAGGGUUUGCAAGGGGUCUUGAUCCUGAGCGAAUAAUUGGAGCAACAGAUAGCAGUGGGGAACUUAUGUUUCUUAUGAAGUGGAAAGACUCGGAUGAGGCAGAUUUGGUACUGGCCAAAGAAGCCAAUGUGAAGUGUCCUCAGAUUGUAAUCGCUUUUUAUGAAGAACGACUAACUUGGCAUUCAUGUCCGGAAGAUGAAGCACAAUAAUUGUUUGCGUUGCUUUUUUAUAUAUAUGAAUAUUGAAACCUGAUUUUGAUUUUAUUUGAUUUAUUAGCAAUGUGAGAAGCAUACAUUCUAAUGAAAAUCAAGUUUGAUAUUUUUUUGGAGUAGUGUGUUUUGCAUCAACAGCAAGUAAAUAAAGGCUUUCUGCAACUUCAUUUAUCACAGGAGAGCAUUUGAUACUACUACUUCCUCCACAUUAGGUAACAGCUUUUAUAAACCUUCAUAAACCUCCAUAGUUAUUACUGAGUCAUAACAAAUGUUUAAACGAAAACUUACCAAUGUUUUGUAGUCUUCUAUAUUAUUGAUGUGCAUGUAUCUUCUUUAUCCCUAGCUAGCCCCUUUAAACUUGUAGAACCAUUCUUUUUAGUAUUUGGGAUUACUUGGUCUGGAAGAGGCCAGAUGAAAACUAACUUUGUAGUAAUUUGAAUGUUAUCAGACUGUAUAUUGUUUACUUUAUUGUAAAUACUGGUGAACAGUGGUCAAUAAAAUAGUUUUAUAUUCUUCCUUUA